AGUCAGUCUCUUACUCUCUUUCCCUCUUUGUCAAUUUAUUGAUCUGUUGCACAGUCUUCUGGGUACAUGGCAGGAACCAGAAUUACUAAUAUGCAGACUGCGGCCAAACAGCCAGGUCUGGUUCUGCCCCCACAUGGAACUGUGCCAAUGAGAAUCAAAACAACCAAUAGUAGUGGCGAAAGACUGAGCCAAACCAAGUCGAUGGUCAUCACAGAACCUGAAGCACCUGGAAAACCAAUAUCUCGCCAUCGGAGGAAUCAGUCACAACAUAAUAUUGGUGGUCCAGGAGGAGCCGAUCUGUCUGUUCCACUGCAGGGUGUGUAUCUGAACAAAGCCAAGAUUGCGGAGGGGGGCAAAAAACAGAGGAAGAACUGGACUUCUGCAUGGGUUGUCCUCGGCUCUGAUCACCUAUUAUUUUACAAAGAAAGCAAACAGGAAACAGUGGUUAAUCUGAAGCCUGGAAACCGACCAGAUGAAGUGGACCUUCGUGGCGCCAGUGUGGAAUGGACAAAGGAUAAGUCAAGCCGGAAGCAUGUGAUUCAGAUAACUACCUAUGCUGGUGAUGAGUACCUCCUUCAAUCUGAUGACUUCCCUACAAUAAGCAAAUGGCGUGAUGCUAUCAAACAGACAGCCGACAGAUCAUGCAGCGGUGCGGGAAGGCCAAUGGGCAGGCCGGGCAUGCAAAGGUCCAACAGCACCGAGUAUCUCUCCAGGCGAACUUCAGAGGCCCCCGCAGUCAAAGAACCCAAACCUGAGCACCGGCGAUCCCUCAUGUUCUCGUCCGCAAAGCUGAAGCACAGCGCCUCAGACAGUGCUGACAAGAACGGCGUGAAGAACAGACUGAAGAAGUUCAUCUCACGGCGGCCCUCCAUGAAGACGCUGCAGGAGAAGGGCCUCAUUAAAGAUCGAGUAUUUGGUUGCCACAUACUGACCCUGUGCAGUCGUGAGGGAACCACAGUGCCGAAGUUCAUCAGGCUAUGCAUACAGGAAGUAGAAAGACGGGGUCUGCAAAGUGAUGGCAUAUACAGAGUGAGUGGUAACUUGGCCACAAUCCAGAAGUUAAGAUUCAUGGUUGACCAAGAAGAGGAGCUGAACUUGGGUGACAGCCAGUGGGAAGAUAUCCAUGUCAUCACCGGGGCACUCAAGAUGUUUUUCCGUGAACUGCCCGAGCCCUUGUUCCCUUUCCGCUUCUUUGAGCAGUUCGUCGAGUCUAUAAAAAUAAAGGAUUCCAAACAGAAGGUCCAGGUUGUGAAGAAACUGGUCCAUCAGCUCCCCAAGCCCAACCACAACACCAUGAAGCUCUUAUUCAGACAUCUGCAAAAAAUUCUCUGUCAUUCUGUGAAGAACCUCAUGUCAACACAAGGCAUCAGUAUUGUAUUUGGUCCAACUCUCAUGUGGCCAGAGAAUGACUCAGGAAACAUGGCAGUCAACAUGGCGUACCAAAAUCAGAUUAUUGAGUACAUUCUGAUUGAGAGCCGUGAAAUCUUUGGAACAGAUGAUGUUUAAAAAAUGUAAGUACGGCUAAAUAUGAGUAUAUGAUAUUAUUUUUUGUAAAGGAAUGCAUAUGGUAAUACUGGUAUGAGCAUUGGCCACUGUAUGAGAAAGGAAGCUAUGCAGUGUAACCCCUGGCAACUGAGGUACUUGUACUUGCCAAGGAAGAUGCAAAGUAUGCAUUGUAUAUAUUUUGUAUAUAUGUGUUUGAAAGAGGAUAUUUUCAGAUAAUAUUUUCACUGGUUUCUGACAUGCAAUAAUUUGCUAUAAUAAAUAUUCAAACAGUUAAUUUCUAUGUCCGCACAAUGUCUGUGAGAUGAAGGCCUCACUGUUUCAUAGUCUGACACAGAUUUAUAUGGUACUGAAAUAUAAUUUAAAAAAUCUCAUUUUUAUCUCAUGAUUUUUUUUUUCAUCAUUGUAUCUUCAGAUACAGUACCUGACUGUGAUUUGCAUCCUUAACAUUUACACUUCUGUAUGACGUGUAUUUUUAUACUGUAAAUGUACUCAAAUAAAUUCAGGUGUGGACUGUAUUUUCAGUACUUAGUGGUUCUGUGAAAGGUACAAACAGAAGAAUGGGGAAUGAUGCAUUGCACUCCUGUGACCAUGACGUGUUAUGAGCACAUUUGUAAUGCUUUAGGAGUUAUGCAUUGUGGAGUGUGACAAUGGCCAGUAUGUUUACGUCACUGGUGUAAUGUAAACACAUAACUUUUUGUGAUAUAGGGUACCAUCACUGAUGAGCUGCAGGUGUAGCAAAAAGAUCUCAGUAAUAAAGUUUAUUUACAUUGUGUCAGGUCAUGUCCAAUCUAUCCAUCUACAGUAGUGUAACUAAGACGAAUCACCCAUAAGCUGUGUGUAUUUUGAUGCAGGCUGAACCCCAAAUGAACACAUAUGAUAAAUAUGUAAAAUACCAAUAUAUAUGAAACAUAAAAAAUCCUUUAAAAAAAGUCCUUUUUAUGGAAAAUAUUAAGCCUGUACUGUUUGAGCUCAAAAGCAUCCGUGCUAUCAGUUGUUUAGCUCAAAAAUAAAAAAUAAUAUACCUCA